GCUUCCUGCCGCAGACUCACCCCCUCGCCUCUCUCUCUCUCUGCGGCUCAGAGGCGGCUGCUGAGCUAACAACAACCGACGACCCGGGAACUCAGAACCGCACAGGACCAGGACCAGGACCAGAACCGGCACCGGACCGGGACAUACGUAGGAAAACAGAAGCAAACCAGAAGAAACCAUGACAGAAACCACCAAGACCCACGUCAUCCUGCUGUCCUGCGGCAGCUUCAACCCCGUCACCAAGGGACACAUCCAUAUGUUCGAGAAAGCCAGAGAAUAUCUGCACAAGACGGGGCGUUUCAUCGUGAUCGGAGGAAUCAUCUCACCGGUGCACGACUCCUACGGAAAACCUGGCCUGGUGUCCAGUAGACAUCGUCUCACCAUGUGUCAGCUGGCCGUCCAGUCCUCUGACUGGAUCAGGGUGGACCCCUGGGAGUGUUACCAGGACACCUGGCAGACCACCUGCAGCGUGCUGGAGCAUCACCGCGACCUGAUGAAGAGAGUCACCGGGUGUAUUCUGUCCAACGUCAACACGCCAUCCACGACUCCUGUGAUUGGUCAGCCACAGAACCAGACUCCACCCAUCUACCAGAACCACAACAACAUGAAUCACAAGCCGACCGCCAUCAAGCUGUGGGGGAAGAUCAGUGAGAGUCUGGGGAAGAUCUGCUGCGCUCGCCCGCACAUCGAUCGCUUCACCUUCGUCGAUGAAAAUGCUAACCUGGGCACCGCCAUGAGGUACGAGGAGAUCGAGUUACGCAUCUUGCUCCUGUGUGGCAGUGAUCUCCUGGAGUCCUUCUGCAUCCCUGGCCUGUGGAAGGACAGUGAUAUGGAGGUGAUCGUGGGCGACUUCGGGAUCGUGGUGGUUCCUCGUGACGGCGCCGACACAGAGAGGAUCAUGAACCACUCCUCCAUCCUCCGCAAGUACAAGGACAACAUCGUCGUGGUCAAAGACGUGAUGAAUCACCCGCUGGCCAUCGUCAGCUCCACCAAGAGCAGACUGGCCCUGCAGCACGGGGACGGUCACGUGGUGGACUACCUGAGUCAGCCCGUCAUCGACUACAUCCUGCAGAGUCAGCUGUACAUCAACGCCUCAGGAUAGAGACCAGAAGCUGAACCGCAUGAAAACAGGGGGAGUGAGGGGGGGGGGGGGGGGGGGUCGAGCUACCUACAACCAUCAUCAUCUGUAUGAAUAUAACCCCCCCUCCCCCUCCUCCCUCAAACUAAAACUUCCUUGUCCGUCUUCUGUGUCAAACAUUUACUCUUCUUUGAGCUGUGGCUUUCCAACAGGAGCAUCACUGUCCCUUCUGUCUGUGUCAUGUGACUUUACCAUCGGGGGGGGGGGGGGGGUAUCUUGGGAUGAGGUGGAGGUGUUGGAGAGGAGGUAUGGAGCUAAUCCCUAAGGGCUGCAGGUGUCAUUGAUGUAAUUUUCCACUGCAGUGGUGGUGGCACUGUUCUAUCUGUUUCUGUCUGUAUUAAGUUGGGGGGGGGGGGGGGGGGGGGGGGGGCCAUGACACACAGCUGGGCGUGCUCAGUGUGACGAUGGCAGGUGGCUGUAACAGGACUCACCUGUGCCUGUGUGUCAGAGCCGCUGGGCGUCAUGCAGGAAGCAGGAAGCAGCAGGUUGCUUUACUGCAGCUCCCUGAGUUUCAGGCUCCGCCCACACGACUCCGAGCUCCUAAAGCAGACCUUCAGGAACUCUGCUGGACCCGCCCACACCCACGGUCUCUCCUGAUUGGCUCUCCUCAGCCUGGACUACCAGUGGUGAAUACAACAUGAUGAUGAAUGACAGUGUCACUGACCUUGUUGUCUUUGCAGCUGUUGUUCACUUACAUUCUCAGUUUUAAUGCUACAACUGUCUCUGCUGUUCCUCCUUCAGAGGAGACGAUCUACUUCCUGUUUACACCUGCUCACACAUGCUCAGUGCAGGUGAUGGUCAUGGACGGAGAUGGUUUCUGAUACGGAGCUAAAACACUGAUUGAUUUGGUUUUAAAAUGAGAACAGUCGUGUGGACGAAGCCUCAGCUCACCGUUUAUUUGAUAGGACUUCACUCUCAUCCAGCUGUUCUCAGAGAAACAUCUGUAAACAGCUGCUGGAGACCAAACACAGAGCUAAAAGAGAGGGAGCACUGGACGGAGAGUCACGGGCCGGUCGCACAAAACACCUUCAAGUCUGACACUUUAGUUUAACGUGUCCUCAGCUGAGGCGGUUCCUGAAGGUGCUGCACAGUCUCUUACAAGGUUUCAGGACAACACUUCACAUAUUUAACAGUAAUUUAAGUUUGUUUGCUGCUGUUAGCAAGUGUCUCACACUCCUGUUGUUUUGGCGGGAACUUCAGCAGGUGAACUUUGGUCUCAAGGUCUUUUGUGCAACAGUUGAACUGACUUUAAGGGAUUCUUUAAGUAAGAGACUAAGAUCAGGAGAAAACCUGAAAUACUUAAGUGAAGGUUUUAAGGAAACCUUUAGAUGACUUAAGGGUGAUUUGUGCAUCAGUUUUUAUUUUAAGGAAACGUUAACCCAGACUUUAAGGGAAGUGUUAAGGUGUUUUGUGUAACUGGCCUCAGGGUGUUGAGGGAUCAGGGUUCUGGUUCAGGGCGUGAAGGAGGUCUGACGUACGGACCUCGUCUCUAAACUCUCAUCUGUGGACGUUUAAUCCACUGUGCUUCAUCAGAGCUCAGCAUAUAUUAAACUACAGGUUACCAUAGCAACAGUACAGCUGCUUCAGGCUUUGUUAGCAGUUAACCAACUGUCAAACUAACCCAGGGGUUCAAACGUGGACGUGGUGGCGACGAUGAUGAUGAUGAUGAUGAUGAUGAUGGGAACUUUUCUAAGACACACCCUGUGUGUGUGUGUGUGUGUGUGUGUGUGUGUGUGUGUGUGUGUGUGUGGGGUUGUUUUGUCCUCCUCGGUUGCUCCUCGUAGACUGCAUGCUUAGACUGUUUGGUUCUGGCAUGAAUGUUUAUCACUUGGUAGAAAAUGAUCUGUUGUGAUCGUGUUUGCAAAAAAAAAAAAAAAAAGUAGAUAUAUUAUAAAUAUGAAUAUAAUAUACAGUGGAGAUCAUCGUCACCCACGUCUGUCCAUUUUCUAAUCAUCCUGUAAAUGUACAGAUCAGCGCCUCAUCUGUCCACAAUGAUUUGGUGUGUGUGUGUGUGUGUGUGUGUGUGUGUGUGUGUGUGUGUGUUAGGUUCCUGUCAGUUGUACCUUGUAGCUGAAGAUGAAUCCUGUUUUCUGUAUUAAUCUGCCUUUUGUUGCUCUGACUUCUUCUUUUGAUUGUAAACUGUGAUGCACUCUUACAA